CUUCAUUCUCUUAGAAAUACAGAAAAACUUAGAAACCCUCAACCCGUUACCAGCCCCCGGCGAGCCGCCAUACCAAUAAACCUUAACCACCGUCGCAGAGACGCCGCUGUAGUCCUUGGACAUCUCCGAGUUGAAGCUGAUGCAGAUGGAAGGUGAGAAGCAGAAGCAGUUUGAUGUCGACCUCGGUAACCUUAUGGCUUUCGAUCCCCAUCACACCUUCCCUUCUCAACCACCUCCUUCCAGGGAGGACCUCAUCAACCAGUGUUUACUCCAAGGCACUCACUUAGUUCAAGCUAUAGCAGAUUCCCUCUUUAGUCUGCCAUCAACAGAAGAUGUAGACGGACCCCUUGUCAAGUUGCCUCCCCCACUCACUAAAUUGCCCAGAGAAAAACAUCUGCCAAAGCCAAAGCCUCCUACUAAAUGGGAAGUUUUUGCUAAAAAGAAGGGUAUACAGAAACGGAAGAAAGACAAGAUUGUAUAUGAUGAACAAUCUGGAACGUGGAAGCGCAGAUAUGGGUAUGAUCGUGCAAAUGAUGAAGAUGCUGUACCUAUUAUUGAGGCAAAAGCAACUGAUGAUCCAGAAGAGGAUCCUUUUGCCAAAAGAAAAGAAAAUAAGAAGAAAAGAAUUGAAAAACAGGAGAAAAAUCGAUUACAGAACUUGACAGAAGCAGCAAAAUUUGGGGCUUUACCAAGCCAUGUUCAGUUGGCAGCUACAGCUUUGCCAAUAACAGGAACUCAGGCAGCACCCAAGAAAGUUACAAAGAAUGAACUAGGUAAUGUUGCCGGAAUUGCAGCAACUGCAACAGCCAGUGGUGGGAAAUUUGACAAGAAAUUGCCAGGUGAAAAGCCUGCACAACAUAAAGGAAAAUAUCGGAAGUUCCUGCCGGUGGUGGAAGGAACUGGGAUGGGAUCACAGGAGAGGGAGCAAACUGAAAAAAUAUUGAACAAGAUCAUCUCCAAGAAUUCGCAUGACAUACUCAAUGUUGAAAAGGCUGUCACAGUGCACAAUGUAAAGAAAGAGAAAAAACGAAGGAGUGAGAAAGGGAAGUCUUCAGCAACUGACAGCAAAUUGAAACCUCAGAAAAAGUCUUUUAAAAAGGGAAAUUUCAAGAAAGGCAAAGGAAAAGGAAAAUAGUUUUGAAUUUAUAGGAGUUUGUAGAGUUCUUGGAAACUCAGUUACUGGUUUAAGUUUUGUAGACGAUUAUUCAUCUAUUGUCAU